CGUUUGAGCAGGGAGAGAGGAGGGCUGUGCGCUGAGUCUACAAGGUCCGCAUGCAGUGUAUAAGUCCCGCCUCGCGCUGCUCCUCCCAUCAGUCCCGUCAGUGUGUGAACACAGAGACCGAGACAGAGAGAAUCAGCGAGUGAAGCGGAGAGAAAGUCCCUGAAAAGAAGAGAAGAGAUGGCAGAAGUUGCUCCAGCUGCGCCUCCCGCUCCUGCUCCGGCCAAAGCGCCGGCUAAAGCGCCGAAGAAGAAGUCUGUCAAGCCCAAGCCUAAGGGCGGCCUCAGCAUCAGCGAGCGGAUCGUCAAGGUCGUGUCUGCGUCCAAGGAGCGCAAAGGCGUUUCUCUGGCCGCCCUCAAGAAAGCUCUGGCCAACGACGGCUACGACGUGGACAAGAACAGAUCCCGCAUCAAACUGGCCCUGGUGGCGCUGGUCAACAAAGCAGUUCUGGUCCAGAUUAAAGGCACCGGAGCCUCCGGCUCUUUCCGCCUCGCCAAGAAGGACAGCGGCGCCGCCAAGCCCUCCAAGAAACCAGCCGCUAAAAAGUCAACUGCCAAGACAGCCGCCGCUAAGAAACCUGCAGCCACGAAGCCCAAAAAACCAGCCGCCAAAUCUGCAGCCAAGAAAUCUCCGGCCAAGGCCAAGAAACCCGCAGCCGCCAAGAAGAAAUCCGUCAAGGCCACAAAGCCCAGGAGCCCCAAGAAGGCUAAGAAGGUCAACAAGCCUAAAGCUUCUCCCGUCAAGAAGAGCAAAGCCAGCAAACCCAAAGCUGCUGCCAAAACCAGCAAGCCCAAACCCAAGAAGGCUGCAGCCAAGAAGUGAAGCCCUCACCCUUCACUAACACCCCCAAAGGCUCUUCUCAGAGCCACCCACCUCCUCUCAGAGCAUCCUUCAGAAAAUCACUGUGUUGUGUUAUCCACUUGUAGCCUACUUAUUUAUGUUUAAAUUGUUCAUAUAGUAUUUUUCUACGUUCCUUGUUUAUAAUGUUUAUA